AUGACAAAGUCUGUGUCUUUGAAAUCUGAAGUAUGCAAGGCAGGGAUGAAAGCUGAAUCUUGUGGCGGUGUAGUCCAAGGACUGAAUGGUACCAUAGAGUCGCCGGGUUUCCCCCACGGCUAUCCUAACUACGCCAACUGCACAUGGCUGAUAAUAACCGGGGAGAGGAACCGGAUCCAGCUAACCUUCGUCACACUGGCGCUGGAGGAAGACUUUGAUAUUGUAUCAGUUUACGAUGGACAACCGUCGCCUGGCAAUUUAAAAUUGAGGUUGUCAGGAUUCAUGCUGCCCUCCCCUAUAGUCAGCAGUGGAUCUAUAUUGGCCUUGUGGUUUACCACAGACUUUGCCGUCAGUGCACAGGGCUUCAAAGCUGUAUACGAAGUCCUGCCCAGCCACACUUGUGGCACCCCCGGCCUCAUACCCAAUGGAGUCAUUCAUGGCUCUCGGUACAACAUGGGGGACAAGAUCCGAUACAGCUGUGAGUCAGGUUUUGUAUUGGAAGGACACAGUAUCCUCACAUGUAUUGUAUCGCCUGGCAGUGGAGCGCAGUGGGACUUCCCAUCACCAUUUUGUAGAGCGGAGGGAGCAUGUGGCGGUACGUUACGAGGCACGGCUGGUUCAAUAACCAGCCCUGGAUACCCUGUCGAGUAUGACAACAACUUGGACUGUACAUGGUCAAUCCUCUCUGAGCCAGGGGACACUAUAGCGCUUGUCUUCAACGACUUCUUAUUAGAGGACAAAUAUGACUUCCUGGAAAUCAGCGGGACAGAAGCACCAAGCAUAUGGCUGACUGGUACAACCCUGCCUUCACCAGUGAUAUCAAGUAAGAACUGGCUUCGGAUACAUUUCACCUCAGACAGCAACCAUCGAAGAAAAGGAUUCAGUGCUCAAUACCAAGUGAAGAAAGCAAUAGAGUUGAAGUCCCGAGGGGUGAAGAUGAUGCCCAGUAAAGACUCCAGUCACAAAAAUGCCGUUUUGAGUCAAAGCGGUCUUGCUGGGGAUGUUUGUCCAGAUCCUGGAGUUCCAGAAAAUGGCAAGAGGAUGGGCUCAACCUUCCAUGUUGGUAUAUUUAUACAAUUCAGUUGUGAUGACAGCUAUGUACUACAAGGAUCUAAAAGUAUCACCUGUCAACGUGUCACUGACACACUGGCUGCCUGGAGUGACCACAGACCCAUCUGCAGAACUCGUACCUGUGGCAGCAAUCUAAGGGGGCCCAAAGGGGUCAUAACUUCUCCUAACUACCCUGUUCAAUAUGAGAACAAUGCACAUUGUGUCUGGGUCAUCAGUGCAAUGGACUCUGGGAAGGUGAUAAAACUGUCAUUUGAAGAGUUUGACAUGGAAAGAGGAUAUGACACACUAACAGUGGGAGAUGGAGGGAAGAUAGGAGACACUCGGAGGGUACUCUAUGUACUUACCGGUUCCAGUGUUCCUGACCUCAUCGUCAGCUUGUCCAAUCAGAUGUGGCUUCACCUGCAGUCAGACGAUACGAUCGGCUCAGCAGGGUUCAAAGCAGUCUAUGAAGAGAUUGAACGGGGAGGCUGUGGUGAUCCUGGGGUGCCGGUCUUUGGUCGCCGUAGCGGUGAUCGCUUUCAACAUGCGGACGUUUUGACCUUCUUUUGCCAGUCGGCCUUUGAACUAGUGGGAGAGAAGACCAUCACAUGUCAGCACAAUAACCAGUGGUCUGGCAAUAAACCCAGUUGUAUCUUCUCAUGUUUCUUCAACUUCACGGCUCCAUCAGGGACCGUAUUGUCCCCGAACUACCCAGAGGAGUAUGGGAACAACUUGAACUGUGUGUGGUUGAUUAUCUCUGAACCAGGCAGCCGCAUUCAUCUCCUCUUCUCCGACUUUGACCUGGAGCCACAGUUUGACUGGUUGGUGAUCAAAGAUGAAGGCCUGUCUGAGCCAACAACAUUCGGGACGUUCUCGGGAAAAGAUGUUCCAUCACAGAUCGCCUCGAAUGGACACAUCAUGAGACUGGAAUUUCAAUCUGAUCAUUCUAAUACUGGAAAAGGCUUCAAUAUCAGCUACACCACAUUUGGUCAGAAUGAAUGUCAUGACCCAGGAGUUCCUGUCAACGGUCAAAGAUACGGUGACCAGUUUCAGCUCGGCAGCUCCGUAGCUUUUCGCUGUGAUCAAGGAUUCAUUAGGACACAGGGGUCUGAUCAGGUCACUUGCAUCAUCCAGGAUGGAAAUGUUGUUUGGUCUGCGGCUGUACCUCGAUGUGAAGCUCCAUGUGGAGGCCAUCUCACAGCUCCUACGGGUGUCCUGCUGUCUCCUGGUUGGCCCUCCUUUUACAAAGAUUCUCUGAACUGCCAGUGGGUGAUUGAGGCACAGCCAGACCAUGCUGUGAAGAUACACUUUGACAGGUUUCAGACUGAGGUCAACUAUGACACACUGGAAGUCAGGGAUGGCCUUUCAACCUCAUCUCCCCUCAUCGGCGAAUACCACGGCACCCAAGCACCUCAUUUCCUGAUUUCCACGUCCAACGUCAUGUUCCUGUUGUUCACGACAGACAACAGCCGCUCUGCAGCCGGCUUCAGCAUCAGAUAUGAAAGUGUGAAAAUGGAGUCCGACUCUUGUCUCGAUCCUGGUAUCCCGGUCAAUGGUCACCGCUAUGGCAGCAUUUUUUCCAUUGGCUCCCGUGUUCCAUUUACAUGUGAUCUAGGAUACACACUGAGUGAUCAGGAGCCAGUUGUUUGCGAGCUGAAUCAUCAGUGGAGUCGCGCUCUUCCCAGUUGUGAUGCCCUUUGUGGAGGUUACGUCUACGGUAAAACAGGGACGAUUCUGUCUCCUGGCUUUCCUGACUUCUACCCCAAUUCUCUUAACUGCACUUGGACUAUAGAGGUGUCUCAUGGAAAAGGUGUCCAUCUGGUCUUCCACACUUUCCAUCUAGAGGAAAACCAUGACUACUUUUCCAUCACUGAGGACAGCAAUUUCCAGGUUCCAGUAGCUCGUCUUACUGGCUCAGUGCUGCCCCCUAGCGUCAAAGCAGGGCUCUACGGGAACUUCAGCGCUCAGCUACGUUUCAUAUCGGAUUUUUCCAUGAGUUAUGAAGGCUUUAAUAUUACUUUCUCAGAAUAUGACUUAGAGCCGUGUGAGGAUCCCGGCGUACCGGCGUACAGCAGGAGGAUGGGAUUCAGAUUUCGAGUUGGCGACUCGUUGGCCUUCACUUGUUUCAACGGCUACCGACUUGAGGGAGAAAACAAGAUCACUUGUCUGGGAGGAGGCCGGCGAGUCUGGAGCAACAUACUACCUCGAUGUAUAGCGGAGUGUGGAGCCUCUUCACUUGGACCAGAAGGUGUUCUGCUCUCUCCUAACUUCCCCUCCAACUAUGAUAACAACCACGAGUGCAUCUACUACAUCACUACUGAAAAGGGCAAAGGAAUCCGGCUGAAAGCUGAGAGCUUCUUAUUGCAAGAUGGAGACCAUCUAAAGGUGUAUGAUGGAGAGAACACUUCAUCCCGUCUCCUUGGCAACUUUACACAUGACGACAUGAUGGGUCCUAUCAUCAAUAGUACGUCCAAUCGCUUGUGGCUGGAGUUUAACAGCAACGCCUCUGGUACCAAUCAGGGCUUCCGCCUCACGUACACAAGUUUCGACCUAGUACGCUGCGAAGAACCAGGUGUCCCUAGUUAUGGCUAUAAGAUCCAAGACGACGGCCAUUAUGCCAACACGUUUGUCCUGUACUCCUGCAACCCUGGAUACAGUCUCCAUGGCAGCAGCACACUGACAUGUCUAGACGGGGACAGGCGUGUCUGGGACAAACCACUUCCUUCCUGUAUCGCGGAGUGUGGAGGUCACUUAACUGGAGCAGUGUCUGGACGGAUUCUGUCUCCAGGAUAUCCUGCUCCAUAUGACAACAACCUCCACUGUACCUGGACUAUAGAGGCUGACAUAGGCAAGACUAUCAGCCUCCACUUCAUCGUCUUUGACACUGAGGUCGGCCACGACAUCCUGAGAGUUUGGGAUGGUCCAGUCUGGGCCAUCGAUGGGGGGAUCCUGUUGAAAGAAUGGUCAGGCCCGACCUUACCUGAAGAUAUCCACUCGACUUUCAACAUACUCACACUGCAGUUUGAUUCUGAUUAUUUCAUCAGCAAGCAAGGAUUUUCUAUACAGUUUUCCACCACUACAGCAACAACGUGCAAUGACCCAGGCAUCCCUGUAAAUGGUUCUCGAUAUGGCGACAGUAAGGAGCCUGGUGACAGUAUGACGUUCCAGUGUGAUCCAGGCUACCAGCUGCAAGGCCUGGACACCAUCACAUGUGUACGGAUGGAUAACAGAUUCUACUGGCAACCUGACCCUCCAACGUGUAUAGCGACAUGUGGGGGUAACGUCAGCGGUCCCUCAGGAGUAAUCCUGUCUCCUAACUACCCCCAGCCUUACCCACCUGGGAAAGAGUGUGAUUGGAGAGUCAGAGUCAACCCUGACUUUGUCAUUGCUCUCAUCUUCACAAGUUUCAACAUGGAGCCAAGUUACGACUUCCUGCACAUCUACGAGGGCGAAGACUCUAAUGGCCCGUUACUAUCAAGUCUCCAAGGCAACCAGGCCCCGGAGCGAAUAGAGAGCAGCGGUAACACUCUCUUCCUGGCGUUCAGAUCUGACGCCUCACUGGGCAUGUCUGGGUUCGCCAUCGAAUAUAGAGAAAAACCAAGAGAGGCCUGUUUUGACCCUGGUAACAUUAUGAACGGCAGUCGGACAGGAUAUGACUAUAAACUGGGAUCUCAGGUCUCAUACAACUGUCACCAUGGCUACACAACAAUGGGCGGGGAUACCAUCACCUGUGUCAUGGGGAACGAUGGGAAGCCGGUGUGGGACAGGGCUCUGCCAUCUUGUAAAGCUCCAUGUGGAGGACAGUACGGUGGAGCUGAAGGAGUUGUUUUGUCUCCAAACUAUCCUCUAAACUACACUACAAGGCAGACGUGCUCCUACUACAUCACGGUGUCCACACAGUUUGUGGUGUUUGGUCAGUUCGCUGUUUUCCAGACGGCCAUGAAUGACUCAGUGGAGCUGUUUGAUGGAGCCAAUGAAAAUGCUCGAUUGCUCAGCUCUCUUGCUGGGUCACAUUCAGGAGAGACAUUGCCACUGGCAACUUCCAAUCAGAUCAUGCUGCGGUUCAAUGCUAAGAGUGGCCAGUCAGCUCGAGGCUUUCACUUUGUCUUCCAAGCUGUGCCUCGCACCAGUGACAGUCAGUGCAGUUCAGUUCCAGAGCCUCGGUACGGCAGGCGGAUCGGUUCAGAGUUCUCAACUGGCUCUGUGGUUCGGUUUGAGUGCAGUCCAGGGUAUCUACUGAAAGGAUCUAGUGCUAUCUGGUGCCAGGCCGUGCCAGGUGCCCUCGCACAGUGGAACUCAACAACACCAAGCUGCUUAGUUCCCUGCAGUGGCAAUUUGACUGAACGUCGUGGUACAAUACUGUCUCCUGGCUAUCCUGAACCUUACCCAAACAGUCUCAAUUGUCUGUGGAGGAUCCAUGUCAGUGAAGGGGCUGGGAUACAGAUCCAAGUGAUGACGUUUGCUACUGAGCACAACUGGGACUCUCUGGAGAUUUACGAUGGAGGAGACAUGACAGCUCCUAAAUUAGGGUCAUUUUCUGGAACCACUGCUCCCGCCCUCCUCAACUCAACGUCCAAUCAGCUCCUUCUGCACUUUCAGAGUGACAUCAGUGUCGUGGCAGCAGGUUUUCACCUAGAAUACAAGACUGUUGGUCUCACCACCUGUCCAGAGCCAAUGGUACCAGCCAAUGGCAUUAAAGCAGGAGACAGAUAUAUGGUCAAUGAGGUGGUGGCAUUCACCUGUGAACCUGGGUACACAUUACAGGGCCACUCUCACAUUUCCUGCAUGCCUGGGACCGUGCGUCGAUGGAACUACCCACCUCCUCUUUGCAUAGCUCGUUGCGGAGGGGUGUUGUCUGAGAUGAGUGGUGUCAUCCUCAGUCCAGGUUUCCCUGGCAACUAUCCCGGCAACCUGGACUGCACCUGGCAAAUCACCCUGCCAACUGGAUAUGGAGCCCAUAUUCAGUUCCAAAACUUCUCUUCUGAAGACAACCAUGACUUCCUAGAGGUCAGGGCUGGACCACAGCACAGCUCUGCUCUUAUUGGACAGUUUACUGGCUCGCAGAUCCCACCACUCUUGCUGAGCACAACCCACCUGACGGUCAUCCACUUCUACAGUGACCACUCAGAGAACAGACCGGGCUUCAAACUGACCUAUCAGGCCUAUCAACUCCAAAACUGCCAGGACCCCUUUCCCUUCCCCAAUGGUGACAUCAUCAACGGUGACUACAGCGCUGGCCAAUCAGUAACUUUUCAGUGCUACCCUGGUUAUGUUUUGAUCGGACACCCAAUACUUACUUGCCUGCACGGGACCAACCGGAAGUGGAACCACCCAUUUCCACGCUGUGAGGCUCCUUGCGGCUAUAAUGUCACGGCUGAAAACGGGACAAUCUAUUCACCUCAGUACCCCACUGAAUACCCCAACUCCCAAGACUGCAGCUGGCUCAUCACUGUUCCCCACGGACAUGGAGUUUAUAUCAACUUUACCUUAUUGCAGACAGAGCCUGUCACUGAUUACAUCGCUGUCUGUAGUAUCUGGAAUCUAUACUUGGACACAGUCCCACGCAAACACAUUAACACUCUCUUUCAAUCUCUCACUGUCUCUGUAGCUAUUUCCUGUGGUGACCCGGGUGUACCCCCUAAUACGGUAGUAUCUGGAACUCACAGUUGGACGUACAGUUCAGUUCUGCAGUACUCCUGUCUGCCUGGAGGGGUGCUGGUGGGCAACGCUUCUCGCCACUGUCAGGAGAAUGCUGCAUGGAGUGGAGCGCCGCCAUACUGCACUGGUGUAAGUCCAGGAAUCUGUGGAGACCCAGGGAUGCCUCCCCACGGUGCCCGUCUAGGAGGCGAAGAAUUUAAAACCAAGAGCCUGCUGCGUUUCAGCUGCGAGGCGGGAUUUAGUCUAAUUGGCUCAGCCGAGAGGACCUGCCUUCACAAUGGCACCUGGAGCGGCACACAGCCUGUCUGUCAAGCUGUAUCAUGUGGUAACCCUGGCACCCCAGCACACGGCAGAAUUGUCUUAACUGAUGGCAUCACCUUCGGCAACUCGGUGGCUUAUGCAUGCUGGGAUGGCUUCAAAACAUCAGGCCUGACCACCAGACACUGCACGACUAAUGGGACAUGGACAGGACUACCCCCAGACUGCGCAGCGAUCAGUUGCGGGGAUCCUGGUCCAGUAGCCAAUGGGAUCUAUUUAGGAAGUGAGUUUGCAUUCAACCACACAGUGACUUACCGCUGUAACCCUGGUCACCUGAUGGAACCGCCUGCACACAGCGUUCUGCGCUGCACUAAAGAUGGAACCUGGAACCAAACCAAACCCAGCUGUAGAGUGAUCCAAUGUGGACCUCCUGCUCAAUUACACCAUGGGAAAGUGGAAGGAACCGACCAUUCGUGGGCCUCGAGUGUUAGUUACAGCUGUUUCCAUGGUUACCAGUUGUCUACCCCUGCUGUGUUAACCUGUGAGGGGAACGGGACGUGGACCGGAGACGUCCCACAGUGCUUGCCUGUCCUGUGUGGCGACCCUGGCUCUCCUGGAGGUGGAUUCAGAGAGGGGAACAUCUUUUGUUACAGGUCAGAGGUCAGGUUCUACUGCCAUACCCCCUACCUGUUGGUGGGCUCUGCCUCCAGAGUCUGUCAGGCUGAUGGGAUUUGGAGUGGCCAACAACCAGCCUGUAUAGACCCAGCCUUCAACAACUGCCGCGACCCAGGAACUCCAGCCUAUGGGGUACCGAUCAUAGGACAGGGCUUUCAGGUCGGCAGUAAGAUUUCCUUCAAGUGCCGCAAGAACUAUCACAUCCUUGGUUCCACCACAAGAACGUGCCUAGAAAACCUAACCUGGGGUGGAACUCAACCUGAGUGCAUAGCCCAUUCAUGCAGACAGCCAGAGACCCCCACUAAUGUUGAUGUUCGAUCUAUGGACCUGCCUACCCUGGGAUAUACGCUGAUCUACACCUGUCAAGACGGUUUCUAUCUGGCUGGGGGAUCAGAGCACAGAACCUGCAAAAGUGAUGGGAGAUGGUCGGGCAAACCCCCGCUCUGCAAAGUUGGAGUGAAAGUCAAUCCUAAAGGCAGAGGAGAGUCAGACGUCCAGAAGAACAAGAUUCGAGUUCCAGUGGAUGUGUUCUCUCCCAACUCUGAGUGGAGCGGUUUUUACGAGUAUCUAGGGAAAAGACAGGCGACCACAUUUACAGUUACUGGGUUCAACACCACCAGUGGCAGAGUUAACGUCACGUUACUGGAAACCAGCGGAGUGUCAAUCAGACUGUCAGGUACCUACAAGUCAGAGGAAAACCAGCUGCUGUUGAAGGUGUACCAGGUGAAGGGGCCGACAGAGCAUUACUACAGCAAGUUUAAAAACGACAACUGGGCUAUGGAUGGAUAUGUCACUGCAGAAUCAGACCAGAAGACGUUUGUCUACCAGGGGCAUAUUCACAGUAAAGACUUUGGCAAGUUCCAUCUGACGAGACAAGGCCCUGUAACCAUGGCAAUGGACCCAUCCAACCCCUACACAAACAGCAGCUCUGUGGCAGCCGCCAUCUUAGUUCCUUUCUUUGCCCUCAUCCUGUCUGGAUUUGCCUUCUACCUCUACAAGCACAGGACUCGUCCCAAGGUCCAGUACAAUGGCUAUGUCGGCCAUGAGACCUCCAAUGGUCAGGCAUCAUUUGAAAACCCAAUGUAUGACACCAACAUGAAGCCCACUGAGGCUAAGGCCGUUCGAUUCGACACCACACUCAAUACAGUUUGUACUGUGGUAUAGUACAACAAACCUGCCACCACCUAAACAGUGGUUCAGUCCAACCUCCCUGUCUCCCUGUGGUUUAACCAAACAGAGAAGAAAAAACUAAUGAUUUGGACUUAUCAUCGUGAGCAGUCUGUUGUAGCGUGCUGGUCCUCUGUCAGCAUCAUGUGCACAGUAUGCUCCACCUCCUACCUGAGAUGAAGGUAUCAUCCACCUCUACCUAUAGUCUGAAAGAGCAAAAAUAAGUUGGACUCGGUACACAAGGGAGUAGACAAUGAAAACAUCAAAUGUGUUGUUCAGGAGAUCAAUGCUGGGACCAGAAUUCUUCUUAAGCACUGUUGCCAUUCAGACACCAAGGAAAAACACAGCAAGCUGGUGCAACUAAUUCCUCCAACAGCGACCUCAUUAAACGGUGAUCGUCCAGUGUCAGUUGACUACUGCAAAAUUUGCCCCAAUAUGGAAAGGGUUUUGUACGGCCAGAGUCUUACGGCCCUUGAAUACGCUCCCUGUUACCCAACCUAACCCCAUACCCCAUGCCAAAUUGGUAGUAUAGGCCAACUCUUAACUUACUAACUCCCCUGCUGCAGGCCAGACAUGGGUGUGACCGAUGCAAAGUUCUACCCUCAGGGGAAGCACAUACAUUAUUCCACCCUUUUACCCCCUCCAGACAUGGAAAAGUAAUUGGAUUGUUCCUAAUAUGUCAACACAAAAACCAUCAUUGGUGCUGGACCAAAAACCUUCCAUCACGCCGGACUUGACAGAACUGGACUCUGUCUGAUAUUGAUCGUACAGACUGCUGCAAAGUUGACAACCAAAUGCAGUCGAUGCAGUGACAAGCUCAACCAGACCAAUUCCUUUAAAGAAAAAUUCUCAUCCAGUACUGGACACUAGUAUUAGAUUAGUACUAGGAGUGAUGGAAUAGUGCUAGACGUGCCAGGGUCAAAUAACCGUUGCAGAUCAGUUUAAAAUGUUUGUUUUAGCCUACAUGGACAACUGAAUGGUUUAAUAUAGCAGGACAAUCGCAGAGUUAGGUAAGUAGAUUUUUCCAUUUCUCAAACAGCUUCCUGUGAUUGACUUUUCCUUCUGCCACUUAUUGUAUUGCCUAUUAUGACAUUGUCCACCUACAGUAUUUGGCAACUAGUGUAGGCUAAAACAUACCCAAUCAAGCAUUUGCAAAUGCUAUUUUCCCCAGGUUUAAUACAAGAACCUGUAAACUAGUUCUAGAUGAGUUUUAGACGUUUUCAAAUAUUCUAUAGAGAUACUACACGCUUAAAAUCGGUCCUAUGUACAAUAUUCAACACUAGCACUAGGCAGACUGCUGAACCAGAAAACCAGACAUUUGAGUUGCCGGGCUGGUGUACACAGAGGCCUGUCUCACACAAUCAAAGAGUCAGACAGCUGACUCUUGUUCUUGGACUAGCCAGGAUUCUGUGCUUGGUGGCUGAACAAGUGGAAGCCUGGAGGCAAUAAGCUGUCAAGAUCGUCAACUGCUGCAAUCAGCUGUGGCCAAAUCCAGGAAAUGAUUUGUCUUCUCCUAACUCCGGUCGGGAUUAUCAGUCAAGUGAUGAUUGAUUUCUUUUCUACAGCAUACUCUCCAGCCACAAGGUCGGAAAUAGAUCAACAGAUUAACAGACGGACUGGUUGACUGACAGAAGUUAGACAAACGGACACACACGAAUGGACAGAAAGCCUCUUCUGUCAGUCGUGCUGGAAAAGAGAGACAAGGACAGGUUGCUAUGGAAAAGGAGGCAAAUGGUUGUCGCUAUUUGUCUCUUCUGGCAUUUUUCUUCAGUGAAGAUAUUGAUGAACAGACUCUAUGUUCAAAUACCCAGUGGCCCCAUGGGACUUCCCAAACCACUGCUGCUGGGGACCCCAAAAUAUAAACUUUAUAUAAACUCUUAAAUCGCACAAAUUUUGCACUAGUGUGUUUUUCUGACUGGGUUAUGAAAUAAAUGAAUAAUUUUUGGGUCUGAAAUGGGUUUGAAAAAUUAGUCAUUCAAAAAAGAGAAUUUUAUUCAAAAACUUCUAUCUUUAAAAAGAUGACAAAAUGACAAAAUACAGGGUUACACAGUGUUUGUAUAUACACAUUUAUAUUUCACACUCCCUGAUAGCAGAAGGUGUGACCACAUGCUAUAUACCGUUGUUUAUUUUGUUGCCACGACAACACGCUAGCCAACCAGAAAGUUGGGAUCAGUUUACCCUCGGACCUCUGAGCUUUUAAGUGUCACAUAAUGACGCCCUUUCUUUGUGCCAAUUAUAGAACAGUGGAUGUUUCUGAAAGCUCAUACUGGAUUCUGCCACUGCUGUGAUAUGUGGAAGAAAUAUUCAGAAAGGCUCAUAUCAAUAAUAUGCAGCAUGGUCCCACUGAAACACGGGUACCACACCUGCUACUUUUAUUUUCAGGUAAUAACCUCCACACAGUGCUAUAUGAAAUAGUACACAAAGAUUAAUAGUAUCUCAACAUGGGCACAUGUUUCAGUUUAGCAGACGGUGUGAGCGUUCAGAAACAACGUGUGACUGUUUCUCUAACUCUCUUUAAAAAUAUGUGUUGCCAGUGUCCCCAACUACCUACACGAUCAUACAUCAUCUCUGAACACAUUUGACAUAUCUGAAACAUGAUCUUACUUCAACACAUCUUUUUAAAGAGCUCACAGCGUAUUUCUGGUCUGUUUGAGAACUUGUCACGUAAGGCAGAGGACAAACAGAUACAGUACGAAGACAACAUGCACAAUUAUUGUUGUCGACAGCUAUCGCCCGCUUUCCAUUGUUUGAGAAAUACCUCGUGUGCGGAGAGUAAGUUACAUCCUGCUUAUCAAUGCUUGAAACUCACUGCAACAAAUACACAAGCUUAGCGAGUGGGACCUUGCAUUCAUCUUAUUUCCUGGUGUUUUAAGUCAAAAUGUCGCACUAACACACGCAAGUCUGCAGGAUUCCAGAAAAUCCACUCGUUUCUAAUCACUUGCCAAGCUUGUUAUUUCUCGCAGUGUUCGCUCAGAAUAUUUGUAUUUUUUUCGAAAGAUGCUGCACUUUGGUUUAGAUCACAGAUGUAACUGCUUUCAGUGUCUUCAGACUUGUUUCUUGUUUGUUUCACUCUCCAUGCACUCCAUUCUGACAUUACACCUCAGGCAUCUGCUUUAACCUGCAUGCUUUGUAUUGUCCAAAUUCAUUUUCGUUUCUGUUUCCCAUGUUUUCAAUCAUUCGACCUCAAACCAUCAUACUGUCACACCCGCAAACAAUAAAUCACAAAUCCAUUCAUUCACACACACACACACAAAUGCGAUCAAAUGGUGAGUGGAAUGUAUGAGAUGUCAGAUAAAUAAAACUUGAUAAAAUGACAAUGUUGUCCAUGAAACACACAUUACAGUGUUUAUUUCACUCAAUUCACUAAAAUCAGAGAGUGGAUUUUCACAAGAACUCAAAUACUGAAGAGAAAAACAUAUGGCAUGAGAAGGUUGUCACAUCCACACAUAUUUAAUUAAGUGAGAAUGAAUUGACAAGCAAAUUGCAGCUUUAUUUACAUUUCCUGCUCAUUUAAUUGAAAAAUAUUUUUCCCGACCUGCAUGUUGCGAUUGAAAUGUCCCAAAACAAUGGCGAUUGUGUUUGGAAGCAUGACUACGGGAUAUUGUUGGUAUUAUCAUAUUCAUUGUUAGCCUGUGAUUCACAGCCCCCCCGAGUCAGGGUCAUGGCUACGCAGCCAGAAACACGUACAGCAGUGUGAGGCACAGAGAACAACACUGGCAAGAGUUAAAGGAGGCGACGAGACAGAAGACACAGCGUUGAAAAUCUCCUCACAGAAAUAAAGUAGACAUCUGUAAACAACAGUAGAGCGUCUGCUCACAAGAUAGUGAGCCUCCUCUCUUUUUAUUGCUGGAGUGCACCCUGUGCUUCUAAUUUAAUUGAUUUAAUUAAUUCAGUCGAGAUUUCCUAUGGAGUCAAGAGAGCAUAAUGGAGCCUGAAAAUUAGAGGCUGCAAGGUGCCACAGGCGUAAUAAAAGGUCUAAUUUUUAACAAUUAAUGACACAGAUCUGAUCUCCCAGUGUGCCCAAACAAGAAAAUUCAGACUCAGCAUUGUCCCAAUUUAUACCGGCAUGAAAGGAUCAGAGUGGCUCUCCAGAGGUUAGAUUUCACAUCGUGUGUACACGUAGUUAUCUGGAGAAAUGCAAAGAGACCAUAAUACAGUCUCGAGCUUAAAGCGGAAAUCUUAAGUUAUUACAAUACUUCUAUCAUUCUUAUUCUCCUUGAUUGUGAUACCUGUACUCGGAUGAAUUAAGACUAACGAUAUCUACAUAUCACAUUAUUAAAAGUCUUCAACAGGCUCACAAAAACAGAUCUCCAUUAUAGCCGGUUUGUACUCCAAAAGGAGAGAGUUGUCGAGCUGAUUGCUGGACAUAAUUCAUUUUCAUUACUAUUUAAAAUGAAAGGAUUGUAAAUGAUUGAAAGACACUCCUCUGUGAUGUCCUCCUGUGUUUCCUCUCGCCUAUAAAAAGGUCGAUUGUUGAGGCUCAGAUUAAGAUCCGUCUUGGACAUGAUCUUACAAUGGACAACAUUUUUAUAGAAAUGUGUCGCAAUUUAUUUAAAAUCCGAACUGAAUCCAAUGGAAUAACAAAGGACCCUGCCCGCUGAAGCUUUUCGAUCCAUUUCUACGGGAAAAAGUAAAAAAAAAGGCUGAUACAGUGACUUCAUCCGUUUAUAGAUCAGUCUCCUUCUGAACAUGACGCAUACCUUCCUCGAGAUACCUUAAAAAUGUGGACAUCACUCAAGACUUUCUCUGCAACUUCUGAAAAAGUUUCCACAUUUGUCCUUAAUUUGCCAUGUCAGCAGUCCUCGCCAUUUAAAAGAGCGACAGCUGGCUACAUGUAAAAAAAAACAUUUUUUAAUAACCCACCAAGUAAAUUUUGAAAUGCCAAGGUUGUUUCUGCUUCUUCAGCGAAGACUUGUUCACAGUUUGGGAAGAAGUUUGGCCCUUACUUCCUCUCAAGUGGUAUCGUCAGCAGUCCUCAUUGAAACAAAUGGGCCCAGGUUGAUGCAAGACCAGAAAUAAGGAAAAAAACAGCUGAAAAUUGUCACACGUUGCCUUUUCACACAGUGUUACACGGCAGCGAUGAGCUUCUUCCCACCAGGUAUUGAAAAAACCUAAUAAAUUUAAUUUAAGAUGUAUCUCCAUUACAUCAAGGUCGUGUCUGAGAGACAUUGCAACGUACAUUGACCCCGGUAGGACGCUGAACCUUUCCUGUAGGAAUACUGUAGUGCUGCUGCUCUCAGAUUCAGUUUGUCGUGUCAUUUAAAUAUUCAGUAUUUCCCUUGACAGGCCUUUGUGUCGCCUUCUUCUCUAUAGUUUGAAUAGGACAGACUUCUCAUGCCAAACGUUCAAACAUUGGAGCUUUGAAAAAAAUCUACAUCCUGGUGUGUCGGAUUGAACGUGAGUUGACUUGCAAGCCCUGCUUCACUCGUCAGUGCAAAAUAUGAAUAAUUUUCAUUUCGGCACAUGGCAGCUUGUAGAUUGGGACACCACACACACAAUGAGUGUUAUAUUCACACAUCAUGGUGACGGGAUGCAUUCUCCGCAACACAUUUUGACAUGCAGUAAAUUAGUUUGUUGCUUAUAAACGUGUACUGAAAAAAUAUUGUUUCAUAUUUUGUUGUCCUAAAUGGCACAGAGAUAAGUUGAAAAAACGGGCAAGUCCUUACCAGGACGCUGCCAUCGGCAUCAAAGUUAUUGUUUUAUGCGUCAUUAUCACCGUCAUUAUCAUCUCUACUGUCACCUCGCAUCAUCAUCAUCAUCAUCAUGUGCUGCUGAACUUGAAGUAGGUGCAAAAGAAAAAAGUUUUGUACAGAAAUCUAUUUUUUAUGGAGAAUUUGUAAAAAACAAAAACAAAUUAUUAAACAUGCUGUACUUUUUAUGAAUAAUGAUGUAGGUACAACAAAUUCUUGUUCACUAAAGUCAAUGUUUUUACUGUUACACACCAUGUAAACAUCUAUGGUUCAAACUGAGUAUCGAAUAUCAAAAUGUCAUAUGAUCUCUUUUGUCCAUUAUGGCUGCUUUUACACAGGAACAGAAAACCUUGUGGGACCCAGAGUUAAUGUUCUUCCAGCUGGAGAGACACUUAUCUCUAGGUCACACCUGUAAAAGUUUUAUAUCCAAAAUCGAAGACACUUCAGUCUUAUAAAAUGAUGUGUCGGCUCCAACUCCUCUACAGCUCGGGGUCGUUUCUUUUUGAACAUUGACAUUUUAAAUUCACUAUUCAUUUGCAAAAAUAUGGUAUAUAAUGUGGCUUUUAAUGUGGCAGCUGUGCCACACGAGUUGCCUGAGCAUUGGUGAUUUCUUGCAUUAUGUUUACAUACAUUUUCUCAGUAAAUUUUAGAUACACAAAUUUUCCGAAAACACCAGAUGUUUAGUGUCAUAAUGUCAUGAACAGUAUUCAUGGAUGGGUUGAACAUGACCUUUAUAAAAAAAAAAAAAGAGAGAGAGAGACAGUGUUCUUGUGUAACAGCAGCUCUGUGUGGCUGAUCCUGAUGUCUAUAUCUGGGAGAAGAUGCCUUCCACAGGCACAAAAGAUUUUGGAUGACUUGACCCCUUUUACGCCCCCAAAAUCUAAACCUCAUGUCUGUCUAAGCAAGGAGGUAUCUGGUACUCCUUGCUUAGACAUUAUGGGUUUAGAGUGGAAAAUAAAAUAGUGGUACAUUUAGGCUCUUAACGGCGGCAUUAGCAAAAUCGGCAACAGUUUUGGAGGCUCCUAACUUGUCAAACAGUUUUGAACUAAAGGACGGAAAAUGUCAUUUUUCUGUCCUGUCAUGAGAUGGUGAAAGAGAAACAACAUGGAGUGUUAUAAAUGAUUAAACAACAGAUACUGUUUGUGUAUGCAGCCUCACAACCUGCUGUUAAAGAGACUCAAAGUUUAUCUAUCAGAUAUUUUGAAAACAUUAUUUGAGAAUAAAGUUUUUGAUACAAUACUU